GCCACGUGGUAAGAAUGGGUCAAACCGUGGGACGUAUGCCGGACACGUGGGACUGUUUACUAGAGGAAAAGGAUCGUGUGCUGCGCUGGAGCGCGGAAGUCCUGUCGAGGGUGGCCGACAACGUUAAUCAGGAAGAAUCGUUUCAGAUGGAUUACGACAACGAGAGGAUCGACGAGAAAAUCGACUCGUGGAUCGAGCAGAGUCUAACGCUCGUCGGCCAAGCUCGCGGCAAACACGCGAGGAGGGAAUACACAACUCGUCUGGCCGCCAGAGUCGAGCAAAUACGGGAGGAUCUCGCGAUAAAAAUGAGAAACGAUUACCGACACGGAUACAGAGACAUAAAAAAGUUCACGAAAAAAGUGGACCAUCUGGGGAAACAACAACGUAAAAUACACGCAAAAAUUCACGAACUCGAAAUCACUUGCGCUGGCGACGUGAAAAAAUUUCAAAAGAAAUUCGGUCCCUUAAGAUUGAAAACGUUCAAAAAUCUCAGGCUAGGGGAGAAAACGAUGUUCGAGGAUAAGAGGCUAAAAACGGAAUUCGUUAAACGGGUUUACGACAUCGAUCACAAAAAUAUGGACGAAUGUGGCAAACGUAUCCGUAGAUUGACCAGAGAGCAUUAAGAAAGCUUUUGCUCGAAUCAUGUUACGUUAAAGGUAAAGUCGAAAUGGAUGUCAGAUUACGAGAAAUAAAGAAAAGAAAAGGUAAAAUCACUUUGAUAUGCCAGUAAUGUAAAUAAUACUUACCAAAUUUGAUAAAUAGCGGAGUAGCUCGAUGCUUUGCGCGGGAAUCGUGGCCUGGUCAAACAUGUCGGCGUGUUACAAGCCCAUCUCCAGCGUCACCAUUGUUCCAGAGCAUGAUCGCUUGUCCACUCGCACACAGAAACCCACUUUGUCUUCGCCAUUUAUCCUCAAAUUACUUUCUGUACGGCUGCAAACAUUGUUGCAACGAUAAAAUCAGCACUACAGCAGGAAAGGGUCGUUGCAUGCCGGACAUUAACAGGAGGCCUGAAACCGCGAGGAGGUGUUCCUUUCCUCCACGUAGCUCCUAGCGCCACCUAUGAGCAGACGAUCAAACAAUACCAAUCAAAUAACCUUCCAUUUUUACCAACGUUUCAAAAAUUCGCGAGAAUAACGAUUGGUUGACAUUAUUUUAUUUACUGUAAAAAUUUACAACGAUAUCGUUUUUCCAACCAAUAUCGCAAUAACCUUGUUCAGUUAUUGCGUUCGAUGGUACAGGAUUUGUUCUUUCCAAGCAAAAUUCGUACUAAUUUUUACAAAUCUUCAA